CUCAAUCUAAUCAACUUCAACUUAUCCCUCCCUAUUCACAUCAAGAUGGCCUCUCCUCGGUUCGGUAACUUGAACUUCCCAUAUUUCCCAUACCCACCUUACCACCCUUUCUGGCCACCACCUCAUGUAUGGCCACCGCAGCCGCCAUAUCACCCUGUUGCUCCACCUCCUCAUGUACGACCUCCACCGACACCUCAUGUAUACCCUCCACCACCGCCAUCUCACCCUCUUACUCCACCACCUCAUGUAUGGCCGCCGCCACCACCAUAUCACCCUGUUGCUCCACCUCCUCAUGUACGACCACCACCAACACCUCCUGUACGCCCUCCACCACCGCCAUCUCACCCUCUUACUCCACCACCUCAUGUACGGCCACCACCGCCGCCAUAUCACCCUGUUGCUCCACCUCCUCAUGUACGACCUCCACCAACACCUCAUGUACGCCCUCCACCACCGCCAUUUCACCCUCUUACUCCACCACCUCAUGUACGGCCACCACCGCCACAGCCAUAUCACCCUGUUGCUCCACCUCCUCAUGUACGACCUCCACCGACACCUCAUGUACGCCCUCCACCACCGCCAUCUCACCCAUCAACUCCACCUCCUCACAUACACCCCCAACCACCAUCACACCCUUUUGCUCCACCACCUCCUCACAUACGCCCUGUGCCACCACCAUCACCAAUGCCGGACAACCAUCCGACAGUAAUAGUCAUUGUGUUCAUCUCACUUGGAGGGCUCUUCUUCCUCGCAUUCCUUGCAGCUGCUCUAUUUUGCUUCAUCAACAAAAGAAAGAAGAAGACAGUUGAAGAAAUUGAUAUCAUUCACGUCGAUGAACACCGGACGAUCAAGGAGGCUAUCAUACCAGGGCCCCAUGGACCGAGGGCUGUGGUAUUGUCAAUUGAGGAUGAUAUUCAUAUGGACGAAGUGAUCAGGAAGAAUGAGAAGUUUGGUACCGAAGGUUUGCAUGCUAAGUCUGCUGAAGGAAAAUCUGGCACCCUUGAUCAGGAAGGAGCAACUUCUUCUGGUAUCGAUCAUCAUCACCACCACCUCGAACACAAGUCUUGAUCAUAAGAAAAUUACGUGAAUAAUGUCCUUCACCAUCCCAAGGACCUCAUGCUCAUUCCAAAUGAUUCAACGUUCGAAAUAAUUAACACAAGAGCAUAAAAUUCAGUUGAAAAUAAAUAAAAAAACUGAAACAAGUGAUCAGCGUACAAAAGUGUUGUAAUUUUUUAAGGCAUGAAGUGAUUGACUGAAUAUUUGUACCAGUAACAGUACUGUUGAAUUAUAUAUAUGAAUAAUUAUAUGGUUGUGA